GUGUGGGCAGGCAAAAAGCCAUCUUUUAAUCGGUCCAAAUUAUAUGCUCCAAAAGAUAAUGGCGGGUUGGCAUUGUCCAAGAUGGUUUGGUAUCACUAUGCUUUCUCCCUCUCUCAGUUAGUUAAGAUAUACAAUUCCCUUACGGAGAAGCCUUCAUGGGUUGCGAUUGAGGAAAGUCUUGUGGCUCCUUCGUCUUUAGAGGCCUUCCUCACUCAGAAGGGAAGACCAGUACCGUUUAAAGAUCCUGUAUUGGCUUUCAUGCAAGAGACCUGGUCUAGAGCUCACCAAUAUAUCAACGUUAGCCCUUAUCUAACCUCUAGAGCCUCUAUCUGGCAUAAUAAGAAAAUAUUAAUUGGUAAGAAACCAGUCAGGUGGGAGGCUUGGGCUAGGACAGGUAUCAAUCAGGUGGCGGAUUUAUUUGGGCAGACUGGCAUGAAAUCUUUUGCAGAAAUCAGACGAGAAUUUAAUCUGGAUCCAAGGGAAAUUUGGAGGUUUUUUCAAAUAAGACACUGUAUUAAAACCAUUUUGAAUAAUAACCCAGACCCUCCAUCUAGUAUUCAGGAGAUGUUUGCAGCUCCUGGCAUUAAUAGAAUCAGGGCAUCCAAAUUCUAUGGGAUGUUCAGAGAGGCGCACUCUCCCAAUUUGGGGGGAUUGAGGCAGUGUUGGGAGAAGGAUCUGGGUAUCCAGAUUUUAGAGGACACUUGGAAGCAGCUGGUUUCAUCAUGGUAUGUUUGCUCACCUGAAACACAGUCUCAACUUAUCCAGUACAAGUUGCUUCACAGAAAUUACUGGACUCCCAGUAAAUUAGUCAGGCUGAAGCUUGUGGAUAAUGACACCUGUUGGAAAUGUCAGGAGGAAGCCGGGACUCUAGUUCAUAUGUUGUACACAUGUCGGAAAAAUGAUUAUUUGUGGGACGGGAUCAUUAACUUGGUGAAUGAUAUUUUUAAACUUAAUCUCUCUAAAUCCCCAGCUGUAUGUGUCCUGGGCCUGUUACCUGACAACAGUAUUCUUUCAAAAAAACAGAGACUGUGGAUGCGUCUGGCUUUCAUAACAGGAUGCAGGAUAAUACUGAGGCACUGGAAGUCAUCCAGCCCCUGUUCUCUCAGGAAUGGACUGAACAAAUGUCUAAGAUGGCAUCAUAUGAACGGGUUAUUUCUUGCACUGCUCCGAGCCUACUGCGCUCCGAACUGUGGAGCCGCUGCCGAUGACCAGGAGGGGUCCAUUAGGGACCUGGUUAAUGACAGUGAGGGGCUGGUCCACCGCACCUAUGCCCCCAUGCCCCCCACCUUCCAGGGCGAAUUAGCUCGAGACCACUUCCUCCAGGCCCUGCUUUUAGAUGAGCUGCGGAUCCAGACACUGUUAGCUCAUCCUAAGUCCCUUCAGGAGGCCCAGGAGCUGGCUACAGAGAGGAUCAGGGAAACGACAUGGGGUCCACAUAACGACGACGCAGGGCCCUGGGGCUGUGUCCCGACCUCCUGUUCCUGGAGGAACAACCCAGCUCAGGGACCACGGGGUUGUGAAUGGACUAUGCUGCUCCGCCCUGGUGGAUACCGGGUCUUCAGUGAUAGUUUUAAGAACGAGGUGGUGGGAAGGGGGGAAUGCAUCCUUCCUACCAUGGUGAAGCUGCAGACUGUCAUGGGAGAGCGGGCCCCUAUGCUAGGGGAAUUGCUAGUCACCCUGAGUGUGGGGAGGAAGUUCGUCCGCUGCUCGGAACUGCUGGAUAAGGACGGGAGAGUUUCACCUGUGAGGGGGGUGUGGGAGGAGAACUGCGAUGGACUGACUGCUAGCGAGCAGGGCUUGCUCUGGCAGCUGCUGCUGGACUUCAAGGACUGCUUCUCCUUUUCAGAGGAUGAUAUGGGCUAG